AUGGAAGUAAAAUAAAAAGUUUUGUGUUUUCAUGGAUUUGGGACAAAUUCAGAACUCUUAUCAUAUCAGUUGAGAUAGUUCAAGAAAGAAUUUAAAGAUAUUGAUUUUAUUACACUUAAUGGACCUAUUCCAUUAAAUAGGAAUGUAAACAUUUCUAAAAUCCUAUAGGUAAUUAUGGAUGAAAGUAUAGCCAAAAUGUUGGAGAAUAAGAAUAUAUAUAGUUGGUUGAACUUUUUGUAAUUUAAAAACAAUGAUAUUGAUUCAAGUAAGCUUAAAUUAGCUAUCUUAGUAUUUUCUCCAGCAUUAGAAGAAGUAGUGAAAAUACUUAAGGAAUAAGGACCCUUUUUUGGAGUUAUGGGUUUUUCGUAAGGAUCAGCCAUUGCUGUUAGGCUAGCAUCCAAAAUUGCAGCUGGAGAAAUUGAUUUAGGAUAUGACUUAAAAUGUUUCAUUUUUGUUUCAGCUUAAGCAAAUCAUAUUCCUGAAACAAAAUAAUUCUUAUGUCGAAUCCCUUCACUUCAUUUAAUAGGGUUUAAUGAUUUCGUUGUAGAUAAAUCACUGGGAUUAGUAGUGCAAUUUCUAAAUCCUUAUGUAAUAUAUCAUAACUAAGGUCAUAAAGUUCCUACCUUGACUUAUGAAUAGGUAAAAGAUCUUAAAAGAUUUUUUGAAAAUCCCCAAAAAGAUUGGUCAAAAACAAUUUAUGUACCUAAAUUAGCGAAAUUGUGA